AUGGCUGCCCGGUGUUCAAGUGAAGUCUGCAGAUGUCUCACGGCAGCUCGACUGCCCUCCAUCCUCUUCCUUGGUGCGAUUUAUGUGACAUAUGUCCUGAUUGGAGGGGUGGUCUUCUGGAAACUGGAGGGAGGCCCCGUUCAGGAGCACCUCUAUCAACUCAUGGAAGAGAAGGAGAGGCUGCUCCAUUUGUACUCUUGCGUAGACCAAAAUGGCCUGGAUGAGAUAGCACAGUUGGUCAAAUCAGCUUCAAGGAACGGGCUGAGUCUUAAAGUGAACAAAACAGCAGAUAACUUCUGGAAGUUCACCAGCUCUGCUGUGUUUGCUGCUACAGUAGUCACCACCAUUGGCUACGGUAAUAUGAGUCCCAAUACAAUGGUGGGCCAAAUAUUCUGUGUUCUCUUCGCCCUGUUUGGCAUUCCACUCAAUGUGGUUGUCCUCAACAGAGUGGGAAAGUACAUGCUGGCCAUUGAAAGAAACUUGUGCAACUUCAUCAUGAAAAAGACCAAUCGUAAAACUUGUGUCCCAGUAUCCAUUCACACGGUGUCAUUUGUCAUCUUAGCCUUUCUGUGCUUCGUGGUCCCUAUGCUGUUGUUUAAAGAGUAUGAGGGCUGGACUUAUGCACAGGCCAUUUAUUACUGCUUUAUUACACUCAGCACGAUUGGUUUUGGAGACUAUGUUGCAGAUGACAAUCCAGACCUGGUGUACCCUCAGUGGUAUGGCUGUCUGUUGGGAGCCUGGAUAUUCUUUGGCCUGGCUUGGCUGGCCUUGCUCAUAAACCACUCCAUUGAUCUCCUGGAACGUUUCAAUGCUUAUCUGAAGCAGAGACAUGGUAGAGAAACCCAAACCAGCCAACCCGAAGAGAAAAAAGAGGAUAGCUUGGAAAAGAAUGGAGCAGCAACUCUAAGUGAAUAA